UGUUUUAUCGCUUUGGCGGUAUUACUAUUUACCGUAGCCUUACAAAUGUAUCCUUUGAAAAUUCGCCGAAGAUGAAAACCGAGAAAAUCAAGUGUCCCCUUACCUUCGAGGUGAAGUCUGAAUGUCCGGUGACAAAAGCUAGGACUGGGAGAAUGCAACUAGUUCAUCACCACGUAGAUACGCCGGUUUUCAUGCCUGUCGGCACACAGGGUACUUUGAAGGGACUACUUCCUCAACAACUGGAGGAACUGGACUGUCAAAUCAUCUUAGGAAACACUUAUCAUUUAGGAAAUAGACCAGGUCCAGAAGUACUUAAAAAAGCAGGUGGCUUACAUAAGUUUAUGAACUGGAAGCGUGCAUUACUGACAGAUUCUGGUGGUUUUCAAAUGGUGUCAUUGUUAAAAUUAGCAAAAAUUACGGAAGAAGGUGUUAAUUUUAGAAGCCCAUUUGAUAAUUCAGAGUGCAUGCUGACACCAGAGCGAUCUAUUGAAAUACAAAAUUCGAUUGGAGCUGAUAUUAUAAUGCAAUUGGAUGAUGUGGUACAUAGUACAACUACUGGACCACGAGUAGAAGAAGCAAUGCACAGAACUACAAGAUGGCUGGAUAGAUGUUUAUCAGCUCAUGGGAAACCAAAUGAACAGAGUAUUUUUCCUAUAGUACAAGGUGGUUUAGAUUCAGUAUUAAGGACAGAGUCUGCAAAGCAAUUGAUCCAAAGAAAAGUAAAUGGUUAUGCAAUUGGAGGUCUUAGUGGAGGAGAGAGUAAGCAUGAUUUCUGGAAAAUGGUUCAUCUGUCUACCAACAUUUUACCAAAAAAUAAACCAAGAUAUUUGAUGGGAGUUGGUUUUGCCGUAGAUUUAGUAGUUUGCACUGCAUUAGGAGUUGAUAUGUAUGACUGUGUGUUUCCAUCAAGAACUGCUAGAUUUGGAUGUGCAUUAGUACAUACAGGGCAAUUGAAUUUAAAACAGGGUCAAUACAGUAUUGACAAGAGACCCAUAGAUGAAACAUGUACCUGUAGUACUUGCAAAACCUAUAACCGAUCUUAUCUCCAUCAAAUUGUGACUGUGGAGACUGUAGCUUGUCACUUAUUAACAGUUCAUAACAUUGCAUUCCAAAUGAGACUUAUGAGAGAAAUUCGUCAGAGUAUAGAAGAGAAAAGAUUCCCUCAAUAUGUUCAGGACUAUUUACUAAAAGUUUAUCCUAACAAAAAUUAUCCUCUGUGGAUUGUUGAUGCUUUGAAAGCAGUAAACAUUGAAUUAUUGUGA